GGGACCCACACCGGGAGCGGGGGCCGCCCGACACUCCCGAGACCACAUAUUUUAUUCAUCUUGGUCAAGAUAAUAUUUAUAUAGUGGUGGAUAUCUUAUUUGGGUCGUGGAAAGGCGCAGGGUUGACCGAUUGGGAAAAAGAGGCCCAAUUACCGGUACUGACAAUUUAACAGAUAACAGCCCGAAAAUGAAUUUCGGAGGCUUAUAAAUUAAAGUUGGGGAAUGUAUAUUCAUUAUACAUGUCAUAAUAAGUAAGAGCACAUAAUAUAUUUUAUUUGACCCGAUAAAAUAAAAUAUAUUUAAAACAGUCCGAAAAAUACAACUUUCGGGGCCGAUUGUACACAUCGGGACUUAAUGGGAUGACCUCCCACAAGGGUGGGGGCCACCCCACGUUUUUGUGUGCUCAAAAUAAACAAGGAGGUGGCUGAGUUGACAAAGGAAGGAGUGGAGGAGGUGCUUUUGGCAUCUAAGGUACAUGGAGGACCCCCCUCCCUCACUCAUUUGUCAAUUAAGACAAAAGUGAGACAUCCCCUCUCCCUCCAACCAUUGAGCUCGACCAAACCAUCCAAGGGAGAGAGAGGGAGCUUCAAAAUCACCUCCAUUGCUGCAAAUUUGAGCUCAAGCUUUAGUGCUCAAAGGAAGAAGAUUAAAGAGGGAAAAAGUUGGGAAAAGUGUGAACAAUUAAGGAACUUGUAAAGGGUAUUUCAAGUGAUUUCACAAAGUUGGAAAAAGUCGCCGGAGUUGUCGCCGGAGUUGACCAAGUCGCCGGAGUUUCACCGGAGUUCAACCAAGAAGGGUAGAACCUCAUAACGCUAGUUCAAGGUUGAAGCUAGGGCUUGCUACUUGCACCUUCUCACGGGUGAUAUCAUAUCGGGAAGACGUGGUUCGUGCUUCCUUAUUUUCUUUCAAACUACCAAACACUUGCUCAUGGAUAUUUGUUCUACUAUAAACUAUUUUUGGGGCUUGCAUGCCCAUGUUGUUGGCCGGUUGUGGCUUAUGACUUACCGUUGAAUAUUUCCGUUAUUCAUUGGUUUAAAUGUGAUGUUGUUAUGUAUGUUUACUACUGAGUAUGGAUGGAUUGUUUUCUCGAACGCCUUGUGUAAUUAAGUGGGGUUGACUCGCGGGUGACGUCACUUAAUUAUACGGCGGUUGUACACGCGCUUGGAUUGCGGUCUGGGGCGUGACACUGGAAGCUGCCCUCCUCCCGCCGGUCGUCCCGUCGAAGGCGGCUCCUCAAAAGGGGACGGAGAAAGCCCCUGAGAAGAAGCAGAAAAGGGGCCGUGAGGCAGCCUCCGCCGGACCCCUGCUCGAAGACGCCGGCUCUCUGCCAUUAAGCCGGCCGGCGGAAGACCUCUGGAGGGAGAUGGCCCUCAAGGCCGGUCUUGAGUUGCCCCGCCGUUCGUCGUCUGAGGCGACCAGUGCUGCCCUGGCCGCCGCUCUUCAGUCUGGGCUUCUUGUACUUCAAGCUGAAGCUGCCAGGGAGGCUGACCUGAAGGAGGUCAAGGCCAAGGCUGAUGCGGCCGUUGCCACGGCCCGGGAGGCCGCUCGUCGAGCUGAAGCGGAGGCUGCGGCCAAGGUGGAGGAGAUCGCCGCUCUGCGAGCAGAAUCCCGCCAGCAGCUGGUCGGCCUUGAGAAAGCCGGCUUCAAGCUUGUCCCGGUGCAUCCUGUCGCAAAGGACGCCAGUCCGGAGUGGCUGGUUGAUACCUCCGGCUAUCGGAACACUGGGGAGUUCAUGGACUCUGCCAAAGACUACUGCGCCGGGGUCUUCGCCGACCUGUUCGCCGCAGCUUUGGAGAAGAUACCGCCCCGCCAGCGUCUGGCCCGCGGUGUCCGGCUACUUGAGGGCUCUCCUCUGUCCCGCAAGUUCCUGUACGAGGUCGGCGACAGCACCUUUUCUGCCGGCUAUAAUGAAGGGGUUAAGGCCACCCUUCCCAUCUUUUCGAGGUUGCAGGGGGCCGACUUCGAGCUGGCUGCGCAUACAGAUGACGAUCUGCUGCUCCAGGCUCUAGGGAAGCUGGCGAGAGAUCAGCGCAGGGAGGAGGCCAAGGCCAGAGGGGAGAUCCCCGAACCCCCGACCCCGGAGCCCGAAGCUGAAGAGGAGGAGCAGGUUCCGGGAGGCAGCCGGCCUGAGUCCCCUCGUAUGGUGUAAAUGUAGUUUGUACUAUUUUCCUUUUGCGUUUGUAAUGCCCGGCCGUUAGAGCCGAAGAAUAUACAUGCUUCUUUUUGCCCAAAAUCACCUCUACGCUCAUGACUUCUACUUGUUAUUUCCCUUCCUUUUGUCUUUUGUUGUAUGGAAACUCCCCUUGUGUUUCGAUAUUCUCCGUAGCAUAGUCUGCGUGGACGUCCAUCUCUGUUCCCCAAUCGGUUUGGGGGCAGGGGCGUCUUUUUGCCAAAACCUCGUACACAUUUAGUGCGCGGCGCCAGUGUUAAGGUCCGUCUUCGGAUGGCGACACUCGGCGUCGAUGCUGGCUGUCCCUUCUGCCACAGCAUUCUGAUGGCAAGACGACGUUCGUCGGGGGUUGACCAAGCAGCACACUUUGAUCAUACGCACGUCGGGGAUUGACUCAAUGCUUGCUAAAGACGUUCAUCCACUGUUGUGUGGCGUGAAUGCUCAAGCUUCGAGCAAGGGUGUCCGUCUGUCCUGCAUGUUCAACUGGCAUGGGCCGUGGGAAAGCGGCGUCCCCUAAGGACCUGAUUUUUACCCCAUCAUUUUUGUGUCCUCCAUCGUCCGUCGUAUGGAAACUCCUUUGGUGCCUCGACAUGCCUUGUGGCAAGGUUAGGGUCCACGAGGACGUUCCCCUGCCAAAUCUCCGUACGUACUUUCAAGUGUGCGGAGGUACUGCUAAAGCUCGUCUUCGGGAGUCGACGCUAAAGUCUGAUGCCGGCUUAUCGUCCACAAGGUAUUCAGACAACGGGGCGACGUUCGUCGGUUGCUGUUUAUUGAUGUACGCUUCUUUAGUGUGUACACAUAAACGUACUUCCCAGAAUCAGCGUUUGGCAACGACGUUCGUCUGUCGUCGCGUGACAUGAUCAUUCAAGCUACGUAUGGGAAUGUUCGUCUGCCCCACAUGUCCUAAUAGCAUGAAGCAUGUAAGAACGUACGUAGCCCUUUGACGCAUACGCCCCCUCACUAACCGCCGAUUAUUAGGGGCAGUCGAUGGUCGUGGUCUCCGGCCGUCUCCAUACCCUUCUGAGCCGGUAAGCCCCCCCUGGAGGGACGUUCGUGGCAUCAACCGGAUAUCUUCGUUGCGGUUAUGCGGCGACUAAAUCGAGACGCCUUAAAUGCCGUGGUAGGUACCGGUACCCAGGCGCCACGUGUCCCACUUUGGUUGGUGUGUUCCCGCGGUACUGCCUAUAAGUACCCUGGACCCUUGUGAUUCAUUCAUACUUCUCCUUACGCUGCACAAUUGCUUCCUCUCUCUAGAAUUCCUUCUUCGGAUUUCCAAGGUACCGUUCGUUGCCAUGUCUUCUGAUACCCGUUUCGACGAUGGUUGUACCUCUGGCGAUGAUUUAGAAUACUAUGAGCGGGGUAUGCCGCCCUGGCCUUCCCGUUAUAGCCUCAGCUUCUCGUACGUCCGGCGUCAAGUUCAACGCCUGACGAAUGCUGACAGGCGUCUGAUCAGCCAAUGGUUCUAUCCUCCAAGGACCUACGACGAUCGGCGUCUGCGCAACCCCAUGCGCCAUUUGCCCGGCUAUGUGGUGGUCCACUUGGAUUCGGUGAUAGUCGGGCUGAACUUUCCCUUGCAUAGCUUCCACUUAGAGCUCUUCAGGGCCCUCGAGAUAGUGCCUGCGCAGUUCGUUCCUGCCGCCUAUCGGAUAAUCGCUGGCUUCAUCAUUAGAUGCCACAGCGUCGGUGUGACCCCCACCGUGGACCUGCUGCACCAUUUCUUCCGGCUGUCCCCAUUCGGACGCACGGGGUAUCUGACCCUGAUCGCCCGUCCGUCCAUGGUCCUAUUCUCGAACAAUGCUGGGAAUCCGGAUGGUUGGGAAGAGCGCUUCUUCCUGGCCGGAGUAGGCUCACCGAUGCCAUUCUCUGACCGGUGGAAUGCUUACCCGGUGAAGACGGUCUCGCCGCCCAUGACGGACGAGGAGCUCGGAUGUGCCAAGCGCAUAGCCGAACUUGGCAUCCAGAACCUCCGGUUGCUGGUGGCCGAGCCUUUUAAAGCUCGGGCUGGGUUAGGUGCAUCCGUUUGUACUUGUAUUGUUUUAACCUCUCUCCACUGUUAUGGCUCUGAACGUCUUGGUUCCCUUUGUGCAGGAAUUUUCCCAUCCGCGCCUAUCAUGGGCCGAGUCCACACUGCUUCGACAGCCGCCGGCCGUGAGCGCAGGGGGCAUGACAAGCCCGGGAAGCCGCUCGUCCCUAAGGUCGAAACCCGGGUGACCAGGGCACGGGCUGAGGAUGAUUUGGGAGCCGGCGCCUCCAAGAGGCUGCGCGUCGAGGGUACUGCCUCCAAGGCCAUCAUAGUAGCCGACGACUCUGAUGGUGAGCCCGGGAGCCCCCUUAAGCGGAAGCCCGCCUCUCGGAACAAGUCCCGUCCUUCUCCCCCACGAACUUCUGACGUCCGUCGUCUCCGGGAUGGUGAUACCCAGAUUGCCAAGGAUUCUGACGAUGCUCGUCCUCCUUCGCCCCCGGAAACCAAUGGGUCCUCCCUUGGCUUGAUUGAAUUUUCCGGGGUUGGCCCGCGCAAGGAAUCCAUGAUGCUCUUUGGUCAAACAGCAUCCUCCAUAUGGUGCGGCCUGAAUCUCAAGGUCCCCCAGGAUUUCGCUGCUCGGGAGGCACCCGAAGACCUUCUGGAGUGUGGUCAGAGUACUUUGGACAAGGCCGGGCUCUACUUCCACAGGGCCCGGAUGGCCUUCGAGCACCAAGGCAGGGAAAUGGCCAGGGUGCGGGCCGAAUGCGAUGCCCUUCUGAGGAGUGCAAAAGGCAGGGCUGGCACUCUUCAAGAGAAAGCCGAUGCCUACGAUAAGCUCGUCCAGGAGAAUGCCUCUCAAAAGGAGCUCCUCAGGAAGCAGGAGGCCGAGCUCGUGGACCUCCGCAGCCGGAUGUGGGCCGUAGAGCAGGCCAAGGUGGAGCUUCGCCAGACGGGCGUGGACAACCAUGUCCCUAUUUAUGAGGCCGAUGUUGCCAAAAUCAAGGAGUCUGGUUCCAUUGCCUUCCAGAAAUCCAAAGCUUACACUGGUGCCAUCCACACCAUGGCCAUGAAGUUUCUCCCGAGGCUCGUCGGAGAAUUUCUAGCCACCUGCCCGGACGCCUAUCAGGAUGGAGUCAAAUUGCUCCAGGCCACCCCCACCGGACGGCGUUUCCUUGAUGAUCUUGCCGAUGAUACCUAUCGCAAGGGCAUGGUUGGGCUCGUAGCGGAGAAUCUCCCGACGUUCGAGCGUCACUUCGGGGCUCCCUUCGAUCCGGAGGCGGCUGGCUUCGAUGUUCUGAUGGCCGAUGCCCAUGCAGGGGCCCUUGAGCUGCUGAAGGAGCAAGAGGAAGCCGAAGCCUGUGAAAAAUCCAAGCAGACCCCUUCCAAAGCUCCAGCUCCGGACGUCGAUCGGCAGUGAUUCUCCGUUCAUUAUCUGUAUUGUACCCUCAUACAUUGUAAUUUUCCGGCCAAUAGUGCCGAGGAAUAAAAAUCAUUCUUUGCUCCAUGCUCUUCUGGCAUCUUUUUUUUUUUUUUUUUUUUUUUUUUUUUUUUGGAGUCUUUUAGUGUUCGUCCGUCCUUGGUCCUUGGUCCUACCGGCGUCCCUGCUUCGAGGAGACGUUCGGUAUCCGUAGACAUCGCAAGGAAGAACAGGUAUAUCUACAUCGAGAUUCCCCCCUUUUUUUUCGUUCGUCCUUGGUCCUUGGUCCUACCGGCGUCCCUGCUUCGGGGAGACGUUCGGUAUCCGUAGACAUCGCAAGGAAGAACAGGUAUAUCUACAUCGAGAUUCCCCCUUUUUUCGUUCGUCCGUGGUCCUUUUAGUCUUACCGGCGUCUCUUGCUUCGAAGAGGACGUUCGGUACCCAAGGAACUCGCAGGGACGAACAGGUUUACCCUCACGGGUUCCCGACUUUGUUAUCCCACGUCCAUCGAUCCAUGGUCAUUUGUGGGAUAAACAGGUUUAUCUUGGCAGGCUCCCUUGGUUCGUCUAGCCCCCUCCGCGUCUCUACUAACCUCUACAUCGAGAGGCGUUCGCCUUCGGCGGUGGGAGAAGAUCUGGCAUGCCCGGGCAAGAUUCCCUUCCGCAUAGGAGCUACUCUCCUCUUCUCCCCAUCUUUUUUUUUUUUUUUUUUUUUGAGGGAGGCAAUCAUAGUCUUCGUCCGUCAUUGGUCCUUGGUCCUACCGACGUUCUUACAUCGAAGAGACGUUCGGUAUCCGCGGACAUCACAAUGAGGAACAGGUUUAUCUGCAUCGAGAUUCCCUGGUGCUUCGUUCGUCCUUGGUCCUUGGUCCUACCGGCGUCCCUACUUCGAGGAGACGUUCGGUACCCGUAGACAUCACAAGGAGGAACAGGUUUAUCUGCAUCGAGAUUCCCUGGUGCUUCGUCCGUCCUUGGUCCUUGGUCCUACCGGCGUCCCUACUUCGAGGAGACGUUCGGUAUCCGCAGACAUCACAAGGAGGAACAGGUUUAUCUGCAUCGAGAUUCCCCUCUUUAAUGGUCGUUGGCAAGGACAGAAGUUCGGAAAACAGGGGCCUUAUUAUUGACGACGUCCGGUCACAUUACACGGGAGUGGGAAUAAAAACAGGAACAUUAUCCUCUAACUAUUGGUAGAACUUCUUCAGGUGUUCUACGUUCCACAUCCCGGCAUGGUUCCCCUCCAGGGUAUGGAGGAGGAACGUCCCCUGGUUGUAUCUUCUGAUGACCCGGUACGGUCCUUCCCAGUUUUUCGCCAUUUUGCCGCCUUCGAGCGGCUUACUCUUCUCUCUUUUCCUGAGUACGAGGUCCCCGGCCUCUAUUUCGCGGAAUUUCACGGCCUUGUUGAAGUAUCUCUGGGUGGCCCUGUGAUAUUCUUCCAUGCGACGAGCCGCUAGGUCCCUCCGUUCCCCAAUGAAAUGGAGCUCCGCUCGUAGGUCGGUUUCGUUGUCCUCCGGCUGGAAGUGCUUGGUGCGGUGUGUAGGUACCAAUACCUCCGUCGGUACCUUAGCUUGGAAACCAUAAGCUAAAGCGAAGGGGGUUUCCCCGGUCGCCGUUCUGGGCGUUGUCCUGUAUGUCCACAAGACAUAAUUUAGCUGUUCCGGCCAGGUGGAGGCGUAGUCUUCCAGCUUCUUCUUGAUCCCAUCCAUGAUGGUCCGGUUCAUGUUCUCCACUUGGCCGUUGGCCUGCGGGUAGGCCACCGAGGCCUUAGAGUGCCUGAUGCCCCACUUCGCCAAGUAUGCCUCAAACCCUCUGCCGACGAACUGCCGGCCGUUGUCGGUGAUGAUCUGCUCUGGGAUCCCGAAACGGCAAAUGAUGCUCUGCCAGACGAACUUCUGGCACUGGAACUCAGUGAUGGAGGCCAAUGGUUCGGCCUCGACCCACUUCGUGAAAUAAUCGACCGCCACGAUGACGAACUUCCUUCCACCAGCGGCCGUUGGCAGAGGACCCAGCAGGUCUACUCCCCACCUAGCAAAGGGUAGCGCGAUGGUCAUCGGGGUGUAGAAACUUGCCGGGCGUCCGGGGACAGGUGCAUACUGCUGGCAUACUGCGCAUUUUCGAGUGUGGUUGAAGCAAUCUUGCUGUAUGGUCGGCCAGUAAUAGCCCUGCAGGAUGAUUUUCCUGGCUAGGGUUCGGGGGCCUUGGUGGCUGGAACAGAUCCCUUCAUGUAUCUCUUCGAUCACCGCCGCUGCCAGGCUCGGCGGGAGGCAUCUGAGGUAGGGUCCGCCGAACGUCUUCUUGUAGAGCUGCCCGUCAAUAAGUUCAAAGUUAGGGGCACGCCUCUUUAUCCAUGCGGCUCUUCCUGUACUGCCAUCACCUUCGGGCUCAGGGAGUGUUCCAUCUCUGAGAUAAUCUGCUAUCUCCUUUGCCCAGUUAGGUUCGGCAACGGAGAUAACCUCCACCUGGAUGACGUCCGUUGCCGGUACUGGGAACACCUCCUGCCUAACGAAGCCUCUGAUGUGUCGGGGGAUGCUUGAUGCCGGAUCAUCGGUUGGGGGAUUGCUUAAUUUCGACAGUAUGUCCGCCUCUGCAUUCUCCACCCGCGAUACCUGCUCAAGCACCACCUGCUCAAAUUGUGCGGUCUGUUCCUCCGCCAGCUCUUUGUAGACCUUCAUUCUCUCUUCCCUGGUUUCUGCCGUGCCGUUCAUCUGGGUUACCACCAGCUGGCUGUCCAUUCUCACCUUCAGACGAGCCGCUCCGAGGGCUUUCGCGCAUUUCAGUCCUGCGAUAAGCGCCUCGUAUUCAGCCUCGUUGUUGGUGACCUUGAACUCGAAUUUCAUAGAGUAGUAGGCUUUGAAACCCUCGGGGGAAGUGAUCACCGCUCCUCCGCCACAGCCCCGCGCACUCGAGGCCCCAUCGGUGUACAUCUCCCACCAAUUGUCGAAGUCGUUGCUGUCAUGGGAUUCGUCCUCGGUGCGCGCGGUGCAUUCUGCAAUGAAGUCCGCCAGUGCCUGUCCCUUGAUCGUCGGCCUUGGCUUGAAGUCCACGUCAUACUGGCCGAUCAUCAAGGACCACUUGGUUAUCCUCCCGCUUGCCAUUGGAUUUCUGAGGACUGUGGCGAGGGGUUGCGUUGUGUAGACGGUCACCGGGUGUGCUUGGAAAUACGGCGCCAGACGCUUGAUGGAUGCAAUCAGGGCGAGGACCGUCUUCUCCAUCAGUGUGUAUCUCGUCUCGGGGCCGUUCAGCGCUUUACUUACGAAGUAUAUUGGCCGCUGAACGCCUUCAGACUCCUUCAGCAGCACGGCACUCACGGCCAGAUCGGCUACUGCCAAAUACAUGUACAACCUCUCCCCGGGAUCUGCUUUGGUGAGGACGAGCGGAGAGGAGAGAUAUGCUUUGAAAUCUUCGAAAGCAGCCUGGCACUCCGGGGUCCAUUGAAAGGGAUUGGCCUUCUUCAUGAUCUGGAAAAAGGGAAUCGCCUUAUCAGCCAGUUUGGAUAAGAACCUGCUCAGGGCUGCCAGACGUCCGGUGAGCCGCUGCACGUCUUUUAGGUUCUUUGGGGCCUCCAUGUCCAUAAUUGCCUUCACCUUCUCCGGGUUAGGCUCGAUCCCCCGCUCGCUCAUCAUGUAGCCGAGGAACUUGCCGCCCCUGACGGCGAAGGCACACUUCUUCGGAUUGAGCCUCAUGCUGGCCCUCUCCAUGAUGCUGAAGACCCUCUCCAUGUCCUGGACAUGGUCCUCCUUUUUCUUGCUUUUGAUCAGGAUGUCAUCCACGUAAGCUUCCAUUGUCUUUCCAAGUACGUCUUUGAACAACAUCCCAAUCAUCCUCUGAAAAGUAGCCAUGGCGUUCCGCAGGCCGAACGGCAUGACGAUGUAGCAGUACACGCCGUCCGCCGUAACGAACGCCGUUUUUUCGGCAUCAUCGGGGUGCAUGAACACCUGAUGGUAGCCCCUGAAUGCGUCCAUGAAGCUGAGCAGUUCGCAUCCUGCCGUCUCAUCCACCAGCAAGUCGAUCCUCAGAACAGGGUAAGGAUCCAUCGGACAAGCUUUGUUUAGGUCCGAGUAAUCGACGCACAUCCGCCAAGUGUCGCCCUUCGGGGCUAGUACCACGUUGGCCAGCCACUCCACGUGGAUGACCGGUCGGAUGUGUUUAAUGCUGAGGAGGGUUGCCGUCUCCUUCCUGAUGAAGUCGCGUCGGUCGGCCGCCAUAUACCUUUUCUUUUGCUGUACAGGCUUGGCGUCCGGCCGCACGGCGAGUCUAUGGCAUAUGAGGUUGGGGUCGAUGCCUGGCAUGUCCUCCGGCCCUCUGGCGAAUAAGACCCUGAACCUUCGGAGGACAGCUAUGACCCCCGCCCUGAUCUCUGGCUCUAGAUCUGCACCGAUGGACACCUUCCUGUCCGCCGGGUCGUCGAGCCCGAUUUCCUCCAGCAGAGUCGCUGGUUCCAGAUGAGCGUCCAAGUCGGCCUGUUUGGCCUUCUCGGAGAUGCUGUUGACCCGAGCCUCCCGCUCGUUGAGCUUCUCCAUGGCCUUCGUGUAGCAGGCCCUGGCCAUAUGUGGGUCCGUACGUGCCACCCCCACUCCAGUGUCGGUGGGGAAUUUGAUGCAUGAGUGCCGUACGGAGCAUAUGGCCCCCAAGUCUUCCAGGCCGGGUCGGCCCAAAAUGGCGUUGUGGGCGCACUUCAGGCGGACCACGACGAACGUCAUCCCGAUCCGGGCGGUGUGAGGGCCGUCGCCGAUCUCUACCGGCAAGUUGAUGGUGCCCUCAGCGUCAAUGCAAUCCCCGGUGAAGCCGGACAGCGGGGUGCGCAGAGGGUGCAGCAUGUCCUUCCUGAGCUUCAUUCCCUCGAAAGCCUCCCAGUAGAGGACGUUCACACUGCUCCCGGUGUCCACAAGGACGCGGCGGACGAUGGCAUCGUUCACGUCCAUGCUGAUCACCAGCUCGUCUCUGUGCGGUGCCGGUGACAUCGGCAGAUCGGCGGGGCCGAAGGUGAUUGCCUCGAUCCUGUUGCGCUUGGUGGGGGGUGCUGAUACGGAACCCACAUAGAGUGAUCUUUCAAAUUUCUUCCGCUCGGCGGGUGUAUCCCCCGUCUCAGCGCCCCCGAAGAUCACUUUGAUCUCCAGCUUCUUCUUUUUGCCCUUCGGGCCAAGGGACCCCUCCGGACGUUUAUCCGCACUUCGGUAAUCCACAUCCUGGGGCUCUGCCUCGCGCCGGUCGUCGCGGCGCCAUGUUCGGGGCCUUGGGUUCGGCCUUUGCUGGCUGUUUUUGUUCAGCAGCUGAGUGAACUCGCCCAAGUACCCCUGACGGAUCAGCUCGUCGAUUGCUUUCUUUAGUUGGCUGCAAUUAUCCGUCAGGUGGCCGGCCCUCUGAUGGUAUUCACAGUAGGCCGAUUGGUCAAGCCCCAUAUACUUCUUCAUAUCCUGGGGUUCCGUUAGGAGGCCCUUGUCCUUGAUGGCCUCAAAGAUUUGGCUCACCGGAUAGGCCAAUGGGACAUAGCGGUCGUCCGGCCGUGCUUGAAUACCCCCGGACGGAGCCUUCCAGGGGACCAUCGCCCCGUCCGUCCUCUUCUUUUUGUUUGGAGGGGAGGGCCCGGGCCCCGGUCCGGGUCCAAGUCUGUCCGCCAUCUUCCGCGGGUGGGCCGUGGGAACUCCGUCCCGCUGCCUGAUCUCCUCCUCAAUGGAGGCAUACUUCUGGGCCCGAGCCAGAACCUCGGUGUAGCUGGUGCCGGGAUUCCUCCUUAGGUCCCGGUAUAGAUCCCCUGUGGCCAGCGCACUGGUGAACAUGUUAGUGGCCAGACGUUCGUCCAGAUCGUCGACCUGCAGGACCUCGUCCCUCCACCUUACCAGGAACCUAGCCAGCGGUUCGUCCCGCCCUUGCUUGAUGUGGG